AUGUACGGCGGGUUCGACUGGACAGAGACCGCUAUGCUAGCGCUGACAGGCGCAGUGGCGGUUUUCAGCAUCAACAGAAACCUGGAACGAUACCAGAGAAGGAGAAGAGAGCAGGCGGAAGAGGAAGAGCAAGCAAAUACAGAGCGUGAGCUGCGCAAUGACCAACAGGUCAGGAGGAAUAGAAGCGAGAGCAUCGGUGGCCGCCGAGCCCGGUCCGAGACAUGGAAUGGGGGCGUCGACGAUGAGUAUCACAGAGCCGGGCAUCGAAGCCGUGAUAUGAGCAGAUUCAACGAGGACAGAAGGCUGAGCGGGAGGCGGAGCAGCAGAAGAGGAGACUGGGGCGAUGAUGAUGAUUACGAUAAUGACGAGGAUGCUUAUAAACGACGUCAACACAGGAGAUCCUACUACAACAGAGCAAGGGACACACGUCAAUAA